AUGGCUACCAGUGAGAAGCGAACAAAUCUCUGGUCGCUCAGGACGUCUUUGAUUCUGGAGCAAGGCGACGCGUGUAAGACUCGCCAUAGAGAUUAUCUGAGACUGUGUACUUGCAACGCGAGAACAGUUUCCAUAGACGUUGACCUGCUCGCCCUUCUCGGAGCUGCAAUGCGUCUCAAAUUUCACGUGAUUGCCCUGCAGGAGACUAAGUGCAGAAGGAGCGACGUACGACAAGGUACACUCGUCAUUCGUAGAGAGAAAGUUCCGUCGCGAAAUGUAGGCGGUGUUGGUUUUGUUCUUGUCGAGAUCCUGUCACCUAUUUUGGCCAUUCUUCCCCUCCGUCCUCUGCGCCAAAAACCUUUUGGCAUCAUCAACUGCUACUCACCAUCGUCAGCAGCUAAUGAAUCCGAAUUGGACUCGUUUUAUAAGGAGGAAAUGGAAAUGAUCUGCAACGAGAAAUUCUUCUCCAAUUUCGUUGUCGUGAACUUCAAUGCAAAAUUAGGGAACGCUACAGGAGAGGAGUACAGGAUCGGAAGAUUUGGACUGGAGGACCGGAAUUAA